AUACACUCAAUUCUGAAAGCUCUACCCCUCUCCUUUUGUCACUCGUUUUUUUAUAAAUAGAAAAUAAAAAUCACUUUACAGAUUACAGUUAUCCUUUAUUUUUCUCUGCUUCCUAAGAUUCGUCAUGUGUGACUUUCAUUCCAUUACCUUCUCAGCAACUUAACAUGGUUGGGUUCAACUCAGUUCCUAAUUGGCUUCUCAUUCUUAAGGAAGAGAAGUUUUUUACUCGCUGUUUGAUUCAUCACUCUGUAAAGAAGAACGAGAAGAACAUUUUCUGCUUAGAUUGCUGCACAAGCAUUUGCCUCCACUGCUUGCCCUUUCACCGCUCUCACGUCCUUUUGCAGAUAAGAAGAUACAUGUACAAUGACGUAUUACGCCUUGGUGAUGCUCAGACAUUGUUGAAUUGUUCCCUUGUUCAACCGUACACAACAAAUAAAACUAAGGUUGUAUUUUUGAAACAAAGGCCUCCCACCGGCUCUCACAGAGGCUCGAGCAACAUUUGCAUCACAUGUGACCGUAACCUCCAAGACCCAUACAUCUUCUGCUCUGUCUCAUGCAAGCAGGUGCAUCAACAUGUUCUACUAAUUACCAAAAGCACAAGCAUAAAGGACACUUGGAACAAGCAUGAAUUCUCUGUGCUACUAGACAAAGAAAGAAGCAGCGAGAACCACCAAGAAAUAGAAGAUAGCCAAAUCACAACAGAUUCAGUCCUAGACUCACACUCACCCACGUCGACAUCGUUAUGCACCGUGUCUGGAUCAACAAGUACUAAUAGUGGGAGUGUGACAGAGAAUGAGUCACUAAAAAAGAAACGUGGUAGUGUUGACAUGGUGCCAGAGAUUUGGUACACAAUGGUGAACCGCCGAAAAGGAGUCCCUCAUCGAUCUCCAUUCUACUGAUAACAUAUCCUCCAACCAAUUGUUUUUUCAAUCGAAUAAACCAAUUUUGUAGGUUCAGAGUUCUUACGUUUUCACAUAUACUUCCACUUCUGGUGUUAUAACCAGUGAGUCAUUUUUUUAUUACUUGACUUUCUUUUAAGUUAAUGCAAUUGAUAUGUAGUCCCCUUUAUUAACAAGGGAAUGCAUUGAACAAAACUAGAGGAUGUUAAAAUGCUUUUCAAUUACAGAGGCACAAGCGCCAUUACGUGUCUUCUUGA